CAUUCCGUUUCUCUCUCUCUCUCUCUCUCUCUUCGGGGUUAAAACAAGCUAUAUUUUCAUCUUGACUAAAGGCGUGACAAAGUCUCAGCUUUUGCAUCAUUCAUUGGGUUAAUCAUUGAAACUAAGCAAAGAAAAAGUCUUUAACAUCCAAAGCAUAAAAAAAAGAGAAUAUUUUCCUCAGAUUUCGUUUCAUCUCAAUCUGGAUUCGCCAUGUUCGCCAAACGCCUUCUUCAGAAUACGGUUCACCAUUCUCAGCAAAAUGUGCAGCAUGGGAAUUUGAAAUCAGAAGACUUGGAUUUGCGAGUUGAUAUCCACUAUGGGAUCCCCUCUACUGCAUCAGUUCUUGCAUUUGAUAGUAUUCAGCGCCUCUUAGCUAUCGGCACUUUGGAUGGCCGGAUUAAAGUAAUUGGUGGUGAUGGAAUUGAGGGGCUUUUGAUAUCUCCGAAGCAAUUGCCUUACAAAUAUUUAGAGUUCGUACAAAACCAGGGUUUUUUAAUCUGCAUCACAAAUGACAAUGAUAUUCAGGUUUGGAAUCUGGAGAACAGGUUUCUAGCAUGUUGCUUACAGUGGGAGUCCAACAUUACUGCCUUCUCUGUCAUCAAUGGCUCACAUUUAAUGUACAUUGGAGAUGAGUAUGGUUUGAUGUCGGUGAUUAAGUAUGAUGCUGAAGAUGGAAAACUUUUGCAGUUGCCCUAUAAUAUAUCAGCAAAUUCUUUAAGUGAAGCAGCUGGGUUUUCAUUUCCUGAUGACCAACCUGUUGUUGGGAUUCUUCCUCAACCCCAUUCUUCUGGAAAUAGAGUUAUAAUUGCAUUUGCAAAUGGUUUGAUAGUUCUUUGGGAUGUUUCUGAAGCUCAAAUUUCUUUUGUUGGAGGCGGAAAGGAUCUUCAUUUAAAGGAUGCAGUGGAUUCGGAUGUUCAUGAUGAUACAUUUGAGCAUCAUCUACAAGGAAAGGAGAUAAGUGCUAUUUGUUGGGCAUCUUCUGAUGGAUCCAUUCUCGCAGUGGGAUACAUAGAUGGGGAUAUCUUGUUUUGGAAUACAUCAAGUAUUGCCUCUUCUAAAGGUGAACAAAAUGGACAAAACAAAAAUGUUGUUAAGCUGCAACUGUCAUCUGCUGAGAGGAGACUCCCUGUCAUUGUCUUACAAUGGUCCCCAAACUAUAGGUCCCACAGUGAUUAUAAUGGCCAACUUUUUAUAUAUGGUGGUGAUGAAAUAGGAUCUGAAGAAGUUUUAACGGUUUUGAGUCUUGAAUGGUCAUCUGGGAUGGAGACUGUUAGAUGUGUUGCUCGUGUGGAUCUUACACUCACUGGCUCUUUUGCUGACAUGAUUUUGUUGCCAACUGCUGGGGCAGCAGGGGGCAAUCACAAAGCUGAUCUUUUUGUGUUGACAAGUCCUGGACAACUGCAUCUUUAUGAUGAUAGCAUCUUGUCUACAUUGCUAUCUGAUCAAGAGAGGAAACAAUUUGCCUGUCCGGUGGAAUUUCCCAUGUUAAUACCUACAGCUGACCCAUCCAUUGCUGUGGCAAAGUUCAGUGUGCUACCCACAGGUGGAAACUCAUCAAAAGUUCUGUCAGAGUUUGCACCAAUGAUGAAACUUGGCACAACACCAACCCCAGGUGGUGGCAUAAAGUGGCCCUUGACAGGGGGUGUACCUACUCAUCUAUCUGUCACUAAAGAUAACAGUAUUGACAAAGUGUACAUAGCAGGUUACCAGGAUGGAUCUGUUCGGAUAUGGGAUGCGUCAUAUCCUGUCCUGUCACUUAUCUGUUUUCUAAAAGGGGAAGUGCAAGGUACAAAUGUGGCCGGUUCAAGUGCUCCAGUGACAACUCUGAACUUCUGUUGGCAUACUCUAAGUUUGGCUGUUGGAAAUGAAUGUGGUGUGGUUCGCAUUUAUAACCUUGAUGGCAGCUCGGAUAAAACAAACUUUCAUUAUGUCACUGAGACCAAAUGUGAAGUUCAGAGCUUUCCCCAAGGAAAAGGACCUCAGUAUAAAGCUGUAUUCUCCCUUCUUAAAUCACCAGUUCAAGCCCUGCAGUUUGGGAAUUGUGGAGCCAAGCUUGCUGUAGGAUUUGAAUUUGGUCGUGUUGCAGUGCUUGAUGUGACUUUGUCAUCAAUUUUGUUUGUUACUGAUAGUGUAUCUAGUUUGUCAUCUCCGACUAUUUCAAUGUCUUGGUUAGAGUUUAAAAAUGUUCGUAACCUUGUAAAAAGCUCAAAGCAUUCAGAAACAGAAGCUGCAGUCAAACCUGAAGAGGAAAUACUAUUUAUCUUAACCAAGGAUGCAAAAAUUAUCUCCAUUGAUGGUUGUAAUGGUAAGAUGAUACACCCUCAUCCAUGGCACUUGAAAAAAGAGGAAACUGCACUUUCCAUGUACAUUAUAGAGAGCAGUUUUUCAUUAUCUGAAUUAAACUAUGAAGAGCAGCUGGAGGAAUCCGGCAAGGAUACUACUGCCAAGAGUGAGCCUGAACUUGCUGCUUCGAUAACUGGGACUGAACAUCUCUUCUCUUCUGAAACUGCAUCCUCACAGGAAUACUCACUUGAUGCACUUGUUUUGCUUUGUUGUGAAAAGUCAUUGUGCUUGUACUCCAUGAAGUCUGUGAUUCAGGGGAAGGACAAAACAAUUCAUAAAGUAAAACAUACAAAACCUUGCUGUUGGACCAGCACUUUCAAAAAAGAAGGAAGAGUUUGUGGACUGCUCUUGCUAUUUCAAACAGGGGAUCUGGAGAUCAGAUCCUUGCCAGACUUGGAAUUGGUUAAAGAAAGCUCCAUAGUGUCAAUUCUAAGGUGGAACUACAAGGCAAACAUGGAUAAGUUGAUGACUUCUGAUAAUGCUCAAGUUGCACUGACAAGUGGAUGUGAAGUGGCAUUCAUCUCUCUCUUAGCUGGUGAAAAUGAUUUCAGGAUUCCAGAAUCUCUGCCUUGUCUCCAUGAUAGGGUUCUUGCAGCAGCUGCCGAUGCCGCCUUAAGUUUCUCUUCAAAUCAGAAGAAGAAACAGGGUACAGUUCCAGGGAUUAUUGGUGGUAUAGUCAAAGGCUUUAAAGGAGGAAAAGUGAAUACUUUUGCAACACCCGAAUCCAAUUUUACUCUUUUGGAGAGCAAAUUUUUGAAGACCCCAUUCAAAGACACAACUCAAAAUGUUAUAAAUGAGCAGAAAGAUGAAGAGCUUGACAUAGAUGACAUUGAAAUAGAUGAAACUCCACCUGUAACUAGCUCCUCAUCUCAUGAAGCUGUUAAAACUAAAGGAGAAAAGGAAACAGACAGAGAAAAAUUGCUAGGUCCCCUUGAUGAUUCAACGCCAAGACUUAGAACACCUCAAGAAAUUAUUGCUAAAUACAGAAAAGCUGGGGAUGCCUCUUCAGCAGCUUCGCAUGCAAGAAAUAAACUGGUAGAGCGGCAGGAAAAGCUGGAGAGAAUCAGCAGGCGCACUGAAGAGCUACAAAGCGGGGCUGAAAACUUUGCAUCAUUGGCCGAUGAGCUUGUCAAGGCAAUGGAAAAUCGCAAGUGGUGGCAGAUAUAAGGGGAGACGGGUGGGGAUCAAUUAUCUUGAGAUUAGUUCUUCGACAUUACUUGAUCACUUUUCUGAACAGGAGACUUAAACCCGAGAGAAUCUUUGAUGGCUAUUGUCAUUGCACACUAGCAAAUUUGUUCGAAGCAUAUGGUCUGCAUGAUGGAAAAUUGAGGGUCGGAGCUUCAGAAGGCAACAAUAUUUGAGAGCUCACUGGCUCUGAUAUGAUUCAUGCUGAUAAAAAACCUUAAGUUGAAUAUCAUAGAUUUGUUUUUUCUUUCAUGCAAUGCAUCGUGAACAGAGAAUGUAAAGGAUUGAUGUUGAUUAAGUAUACACGUGUAAAAUUGUUAUUUUGAAACAAUCUAUUAUCCAUAUUGGGGAUGCCGAAUUUUCCAAACUUGCAUUUUAUUCCAUUGAUAACAAAGAACACGAAACAAGCAGUGUUUGAGCUUUGUACCAGAGU